AUGGUAUACAAAUGGUUUGAGGCUCAUGAACGAUCGUCGGUUACCGCGUUAUGUUUUGUUGCCGCCACCAAUUUUGUACUUACUGGGGGUGGAAAUGAUGCUCUUGUGAGACUUCACAAUGUAGAUUCUUCAGGUAAACCUCAUCUGUUUUCAAGAGAACAUGUAAAUUCUGUGAAUGAUCUAGAUUGUUCCGAGUCCGGUAGUUCGUUUAUUUCUGGUGGAGGGGAUUUUGUGGUGGUUUGGGAUUUAGUAAAGCAUACAAAGUUGGCCAAAUUGAAGGGAAGUGGUAAGGAUGAUAUUUUGGCUUGUAAGUAUCUCAAUGCUGACCUUGUAGCAUCUUGUGGGAGUAAUAAGGAGUUGAAAUUGCACGAUCUUCGCCAGGAGCAGCGUUUACGUCCGGUUUUUGCCGCGCCGGUUGGAAAUGAUAAUCUCACCAGUUUGGACUUUGGAGCCAAUGUGGUAUCCAUAGGUUGUGCUGACGGUAAUUUGUACACUGUUGACAUUCGAAACCAAACAUUGACAUCGGAUUCGGUUUCUGGUGGGAGUGUUUUGGGAGUAGAAACACACAAGGAUGUUUGUCUCUUGACACUUGAAGAUGGAUCCAUACGACUAUGGGAUACCAACCUGGCCCAAUGUAGGUACAAAUACCCUGUCCUGCCACGACUAGAGUACAAGGUGACGAGCACUAUGGUACCCGAUCUCUAUGAUGAUACAAAACACAUUUUUGCCGGCUCAGAAACUGGGGUUUUGCAUCAUUUGAAAUUGGGAAAUUCCACCAUCAAUCAGUUGCAAAUUCAACCAGGAAAGCUUCCACAAUCAAAAAUUAUAAGCAUUGUCAAGUAUAGUCCUUUCAAGAACGUUCUCGCUGCCUCCGGAGGCGACGGGAAAUUGCAUGUCUGGGAGAAUAUACUCUAA